GGGCGGCGCCACUGAGUCCAAGGAUCCAUAAAGAGCAAGUCAAGACUGCGCAUGUCAAACUGGACCGAAACUAACCGGAUCGGAACCAACUAGAUGAAGUGAAGAUGAAGUGCUCUGUGGGUCUGGUUCUGGUUCUGCUCAGUUCUCUGCUGAGUCUGGGGGAGAGUGUUCAGUGCUUCAGUUGUCAGGAUUACAGCGGAACCUGCUCCAAAACCAGAGAGUGUUCCCAAGACGACGCCUGCCUCACGCUGAAGGCUCGAGGAGGAAACACGUAUCGACGGUGCAUCAAAUACACUGAGUGUACGUUCGACCAACUGUCCCUCGUCUACUCUGAGAUUCCCAGUUUUAAGUUUUCCUGUUGCACCUCAGACCUGUGUAACUCCGCCCCCGCGGGCUCAGCCAGCGUUCUGAUUGGUCUGCUGUGUUCACUGCUCACCAUGUGGUGGACCGCCCACUGAGGCCCAUAUAAGGAGAGGCCACGCCCACAUGCGCACAUAACCCCGCCUCCUGCUUCACUAAUAUAAUGAACCCAAAACUGGACUGGACCGGGACCAAACCAGGACCCGACCAGGACUAACCCAGAACCCGACCAGGACUAACCCAGGCUCUAGUCUUGAGUUGAGCCGAUGAUCCGAGUCUGUGGAGGCCAAACUCCGACUGAAAAACAUUUAAACAUUUAAACUGCUGCAGUUUCAGAAUCAACCAGAAACUUUAGAUUCACUCUGUAUUUUAAAUAAAGUUAUAAUUAUAUUGUAAUUGUAGAAUACAUUAUUAUUAUUAUGACUUUAUAUAAAGUACUCCUCGUCCUUGUACAGACGUUAUACAGACUUUAUACAGACUUCAGUGUUAAGAAUUCUUCUGUUUAACAGAAAAAUUGGAAACAAAGGGACAUUUCACACUUUUAUUAUUUCAGAUUUAAGGGCUUUAAUUCCCCAAAGCAGAAAAAAAAUAAAUAAAUUUAGUUUGUUUUUUAAAUAAUACUUUUGUUAUUCUAAAUGAUUGCUUGAAGUAUUGUGGUGUAAAUAUGAAAUAUUCAUAUUUAAAUACCAGAUUUAUGUUAAUCCUUGUGUUACUUUUGCUGCACUUUGGCCAAAUUAAACAUUUGAAAAUAAAGAUUUAAACCACUGCCAUAA